UUUAUUCCAGACAGUGCUUCAUUCAAUGCUGUCUGAAUUAUAGUUUUGUUGCAAACUGAACCAAUAAAAACAAGGUUGAGAUUGAGAUCUUUCGAUUUCGAUUUCCAAGUAGAAGAGUGGUGUCACAUGAAAAUGAGGAGGACAAAGCUAAGUAUUUUGUGGUGUGUAUGGAUUUUCCUUUGUGGAUCUUGUGUGGCCAGAUUUGUAGUGGAGAAAAACAAUUUGAAAAUCACUUCUCCGAAAUCAUUGAGAGGCAUAUAUGAAUGUGCCAUUGGGAAUUUUGGAGUUCCAAAGUAUGGUGGAACCAUGAUUGGGACUGUGGUAUUCCCAAAGUUGAAUCAGAAUGGAUGCAGCAAAUUUGAUGGUACAGAUGCCUUGAGUUCCAAGCCUGGAGGCUUCCCUGCCUUUGUUCUUGUUGAUCGAGGAGAUUGCUUCUUCACUUUAAAGGCUUGGAAUGCUCAGAACGGUGGAGCAGCAGCUAUUCUUGUUGCAGAUGAUAGGAUAGAGCCCUUGAUCACCAUGGACACUCCUGAAGAAGGGAAUGGUGAAAAAGAUGAUGAUUACAUUGAAAAGAUUAACAUCCCUUCUGCUCUUAUCAGCAAAGCACUAGGUGAUAGCAUCAAAUCGGCUCUCUCUAAUGGAGCAAUGGUUAACGUAAAUCUCGAUUGGCGAGAGGCUCUUCCACACCCUGAUGAGAGAGUAGAGUACGAGUUUUGGACAAGUAGCAAUGAUGAGUGUGGACCAAAGUGUGAGAAUGAGAUCAACUUUGUGAAGAGUUUUAAGGGUGCAGCUCAACUGCUUGAGAAAAAGGGGUUCACUAAGUUCACCCCUCACUACAUAACUUGGUAUUGCCCAGAAGCAUUUAUCUUGAGCCAACAGUGCAAGUCUCAGUGCAUAAACAAUGGGAGGUACUGCUCGCCGGAUCCUGAACAAGAUUUCAGUAGAGGGUAUGAGGGCAAAGAUGUUGUUGUUCAAAAUUUACGGCAAGCUUGCUUCUUUAAAGUGGCAAAUGAAAGUGGAAAACCUUGGCAAUGGUGGGACUAUGUGACUGAUUUUUCAAUUCGUUGCCCGAUGAGAGACAAUAAGUACACUGAAGAAUGCUCGGAUCAAGUUAUUAAAUCACUUGCUGUUGAUUUAAAGAAGAUUAAAGACUGUAUUGGGGAUCCUCAAGCAGAUGUUGACAAUCCUGUUCUUAAGGCUGAACAGGAUGCACAGAUUGGAAAAGGCUCUCGUGGUGAUGUUACUAUAUUACCCACUCUUGUUAUGAACAACAGACAGUAUAGAGGUAAGCUGUCAAAAGCAGCAGUCCUGAAGGCACUCUGUGCAAGUUUCCAAGAGACUACUGAGCCUUCCAUUUGUUUAACUCCAGACAUGGAAACAAACGAAUGUUUGGAAAACAAUGGUGGUUGUUGGCAGGACAAAUCUGCAAAUAUUACUGCUUGCAGGGACACUUUCCGAGGAAGAGUAUGUGAAUGCCCUAUUGUACAAAAUGUGAAAUUUGUGGGUGAUGGAUAUACCCACUGUGAAGCUUCAGGAGCCUUGAGGUGUGCAAUCAACAAUGGAGGUUGUUGGAAAGGAGCCAGAGGUGGCAGGGCUUACUCUGCUUGUAUUGAUGACCACACAAACGGUUGCAAGUGUCCACCUGGAUUCAGGGGUGAUGGAGUCCACAACUGUGAAGAUGUGGAUGAGUGCAGAGAGAAAUUGGCCUGCCAGUGCCCAGAGUGCAGCUGCAAAAAUACCUGGGGGAGUUAUGAAUGCACAUGCAGUAAUGGUUUGUUCUACAAUCGAGAAAAUGACAUUUGUAUUGGCAAAUAUGCGGCUUCAGUGUCUAGCGGGGGCUUUGUUUGGAUGGUUUUUAUUAUCUUGGCUAUGGCUGGCGCUGGAGGGUAUGCAUUUUACAAGUACAGAAUCCAGAGAUAUAUGGAUUCUGAAAUAAGGGCAAUUAUGGCCCAAUACAUGCCCUUGGAUAAUCAACCUGAGAACUCCAAUCUAGUUCACAAUGAUGUCUAGAAGAUGCAGGAAAAGCUGCUACAUCCUCUGCAAAGAUUAAUUUGAAAUUCAGUACAUCAGCUGCAGUUGUUUUAGUUAUUGAUACAGAGAAAAGCCAUUUAACCUGAGGCUCCUAGCAGCACGCUCAGUUAGUAUCAUCCUUACCCCUUGAGGUUUUUUUUUUCCUCCAAAUUCUUUCGCUUAUUUUGUUCUUUCUUUAUUUGCUCAAAGUGGAUGGUUUGAUUCUUUUUGGAUGUAAAUUUCAACAAGCUCUGAUGUCAUAUUGGGGAAGUAUCAAUAGGGAGUUACAAGUC